AUGUUUUCUACUAUUUCUCGUCAAAUCGCAAGAAACUUGCACUCUUAUCAAAAGAGUAUUAUCUCUAAGCCAUUUUCACAAUAUGAAAAACCUAUUGUCACUUUAAAGUUUGGACAAAAUAGAUUUUAUACUGCUCAAGUAAAGACUGCCGAUUUCGAAGCUAAAUAUGCUGAUAAAAUUAAGGAGAUCGCCAAAAGAGAAGGUAUCACAGUUGAUCAAUUAAAGCAAAAGAUUAAGGAAGAAGCAGAAAAGAAAUUAAAGGCUGCUAGACCUAAAAAGGUUGAGCCCAAGAUCGUUGCAAACACCACCAAAAAGGCAUCAGCUUCAACUAUUGCAGCAAAAGCCCAAUUGCCUUAUGACUCUUCUGCUCCCACUUUAGAUAAACUUGUAAAGCUCGAGUUACUCGAGAAUGAAACACCAGAAAAGAUUGCUCAAAUUUGGAAUGCAGGUCAUGCAAAUAAGGAUUGUAUCACAGCUGCUAUUCCUAGUGACAUUUACGAAAAACUCUAUAAGCGUAGUCAGGAGUAUCCUAUUUUUGUCGUCCCCAUGCCUCGUGAAGAAGGCGUCGAAUUCUUUUUCCUUCAAUUCAGCUUCCACCAGUGUAAUUUCACCUCGCUUUUGGAAUAUAAGACAAAGGGUUCUGAAGCCAGACCUUUCCUUACAUUAACCCAUUUCCCCGAGCUUCAAAAAUCAAAGGGUAUUGUCUUGAUGAAGGGUGAUAUUAACGAUGAUCCUCGCAUGUUAACUACCGCCAACGCACAAUUCUUGACUUUUGCUCUUCAACAGUUCUAUGUCACUGGUGGUGAAGAGAAGUUGAAGCUUGUGGAGAAAUUCCACAAGUCUCCUGCCGAUUUUGAUUUCCAACAACUCAUUGAAGCUGUUGAGAAAGUUGUUUAA